UGCCAUAGUGCAGUAAACAGGCAUUGCUGUAAAGCUCAGGGCUUCAGUGAGCGUGUAGGCGACAUGGAGCAGCUGCGGGUUUCGCCGAGAGGACGCACGAAAGCUGGGGUUUGAAAGCGGGGAAAACCCGUGGAUCUCUCUACGGCCUGUACCUGCGCGUUGCAAACAUGGCAGAGGAUCCUCAGAGGAACUUCAGGUCAGCGUAUUAUGAAAAGGUGGGCUUCAGGGGAGUGGAAGAGAAAAAGUCACUUGAAAUUCUCCUGAAGGACAAUCCGCUUGAUGUGGAAAAGUUAAGUACAUUCAGUCAAAGGUUUCCAUUACCCUCUAUGUACAGGAUCCAUGUAUGGAAAGUCCUGCUGGGCAUCCUGCCUCCACACAGCGAUUCUCACACUCUGGUAGCACGUUACAGGCAAGAGCAGUAUAUGGAUAUAAAAGAAGCUCUUCUGGCCAUGCGCUUCGUGCACACGGGCACGCCACACACUGAGCUAUACCUUCGCAUGCACCAGUUGGAGAAUCAGCAGUUGCCUUGCCGGUCAGAGCUCACACAACCUGGUGAAGAGGAUAAAGAUUUCUUGGCUAUUGCCAGGGUGAUGGAGGAGAUUGUGGAUGAUCCGGUGGACUGCUAUUGGCUGAUUAGGUGCUUUGUCAACCAAUUUAAUCACAAGUUCGGCGAUUCCAUACCUCACCUGCCCAAGAGUCUGGAGCAUUUCCUCUCCCAGGAGGACAGUCGUCUUUUGGCCCAUUUGAAAACUUCGGGCAGUCUGGCUGUACUGCCCUAUUCCCUUUGGUUCAGACGCUGUUUCGCAGACUGCCUCCCCGAGUCCAGCCUACAGAGAGUUUGGGACAAGGUGAUCAGCGGCUCCUGUAAAAUCCUGGUUUUCGUGGCUAUGGAGAUAUUGCUGAGCUACAAGAUCAAGCUCAUGGGAAUGAGUCGAUCAGAUGCAGUGGUAAACUUCCUGAGCAAUAUGCCGCAGGAGAACACGGAUGCCAUAGUGACCAAAGCCAUAGAACUGUGGCACAAGUACUGUGGGACUCCCAUGCACUCUGUUUAACGCCUUUAAGACUCUAAAGCUCCGUGGCUACAUUUAUAUGCAGCCUAAUAACUUGACUGAUAGCUCAGUCAGAAUAAAAUAAUCAUGUAAACACCUCAGUCAGAUAUUUGUUUCAAUCUGAAUGAAAUUUUCUAUCUGAUUGAACGAGGUGGGUAAUCCUUUUAAUAAUCUGGUAAAUAGAAGAGUAAUAGCCAUGUACAUUUCUGUGUCUCAUUACUUAAUAUUUGCUUGUGUCUGAUCGGAAUCAGCACGUGUGCGUUCUGCAAUUAAAAAAUGGUAAUAAAGGAGGUAAAAACUUUUGAUAAAA